AUGAAAGCUAUGUGUAAUUUUCUUACAUUACAAGCAAAUAAAUCAGGUGAUAUGACAGUAAAAGUCGAGACGGAUACUGCUCAAGUAGCAACAUAUUUUACAGGUCUUCAAGAAACAUCAGGAAUACAUGCUAAUGGCAAUGAUCAAUCGCAGUUGGAUAUGACAACAACGCAACAAUCAAAUUUAUCAUCAUCAGAUUCUCUUGAGACAGCUGAAGUACGUUUAGAUAUUAAAAAAUUUGCUCAAUUACUUCAUGCUCAACAACCAUAUGCUGAAAAAAUGGUUUUUAAUUUCUGUAAUAAUAGUAUGUUACAUAUAUGUAUUGUUGCAGAAUAUUUUACACUUCAAUGUAUUUUACCUUCAAUUCAACUGUAA